CCGGAAGGAGGAGCAACCAAUCAAUCAGUCAAUCAAUCAAUCAAUCAAUCAAUCAAUCAAUCAAUCAAUCAAUCAACAAAUCAACAAAUCAACCAAUCAAUCAAUCAAUCAAUAAAGCGAAGAUGGCCAAAACGGAGUUGAGCGGGUGUAGAGGAGAUGGCCACGUGGACCGCAGAUGGGCCGAGGUGGGCGGAGGUGGGCGGAGAUGGGCAGGUGGAGCGAAGGUCGGCGGAGGUGGGGGAAGGUUGCCAGAGGUGGGCGGAGGCAGGCGGAGGGGAUCAGGAUCGGGAUCGGGAUCAGGAAGCGGAAGUGGAGGUAGCGAAGUUGCCACGUGGCGAACUUGCCACAGGCCGAAGCAGAGGGGGAGGUGGCGAACUUGCCACACGCGGAAGCGGAAGCGGCGAGAAGUGGAGCCCGAAGCAGAGAGCAGCGGAGCCUGAAGCCGAAGCGGGGAGAAGCGGGGAGAAGCGACGACAACCGGGGAGAAGCGGGGAGAAGCGGAAGUGGGGAGAAGCAGAAGAGGGAGGCGGAGGUGGGGAUCUUGCCACAUGGCGAUCUUGCCACGUUGUCGGGCGACCGAAAGCCAAUUGCUCGCCCUAAUACCAGGAGAUUGACCCGUAGAAAAGUUGUCUGAGAGGAAAUCGGUCGGGAGUCUUGUCCGACCGGCUGGGAGAAAUUAGGGGUA